AUGGCUCUCGCUACCGCCACCGAGGUUAAGCUGUUCAACCGCUGGACUUUCGAUGAUGUCACCGUCUCCGACAUGUCGCUGACGGACUACAUCGCCGUGAAGCAGAAGCCCAAGUACUACACAUUCCUGCCCCACACGGCCGGCCGUUAUGCCCAGAAGCGUUUCAGGAAGGCUCAGUGCCCCAUCGUUGAGCGCAUGACCAACUCGCUCAUGAUGCACGGAAGGAACAACGGCAAGAAGCUCCUCGCCGUCAAGAUCAUGAAGCACGCCUUCGAGAUCAUCCACCUCCUCACCGACGCCAACCCGCUCCAGAUCCUCGUUGACGCCAUCAUCAACUCUGGCCCCCGCGAAGAUUCCACCCGUAUCGGUUCCGCUGGUACCGUGAGGAGGCAGGCCGUCGAUGUGUCGCCUCUCCGCCGUGUCAACUUGGCCAUCUACCUCCUGACCACUGGCGCUCGCGAGGCUGCCUUCAGGAACAUCAAGACCAUUGCUGAGUGCCUGGCUGAUGAGCUCAUCAACGCCGCCAAGGGUUCGUCCAACUCGUAUGCCAUCAAGAAGAAGGACGAGCUCGAGCGUGUCGCCAAGUCCAACCGUUAA